AUGAUUAAGCUUGCCAUUGCUCUCAUUCUCCUUGUUGGAUGGAUCACCUUGUUGGUCCAAUCGAAGGAUGUUAAAUUUUGCAUGCCUCCUAUUGCUUCCUUCACACAAACCACGAAACAUGUUUCAUAUUAUGGAACGGCCAGAAAUUCCUCCUACAAGCUCAAAAUUCAAUACGAUAGUAAUUUGAAUAAGCAACGCACAGAUACUUAUGAACAAGAUGGCACCUUGAUCUCAUCUGUAAUUUCCUUACUAGAUGCCUCUAAUAAUACCAUUCUCUAUUCCAUAAAGAAUAAUGAAUGUUCCUGUAUUAAUGAAGGUCAGACCGAUGGAGCUAUUUGGGCUCAAUGUAUAACUCAACCAGUUUUAGCUAAGGAAACUAUUGCUGAACAACCAGCUCUCAAAGUUGGAUACAACACUACAAAUUCUCAAUGGACUAAUGAUGAAUAUUAUUGGAUUGUUCCAGCUAGAGAACCAGGUUAUUGGUGGUUCCUUUCACAAAUUGAAUAUGUUAUUGAUAGGAAUAAUGUUGAAUUGGGAAGUAGUACUUUUUCUGAUCAUACUCCUAAUGUGAAUUAUCUUUCACUUGUUGUUCCAACUAAUUGUCCUUCAAUGGGUGAUUGUCCAUCUCCAAGAAGAUGA